AGUUUGUGAUGCAUGCGUCCAUGGUAUCCCGCCUUGGGUAUCCCUCUUGGAUGAAUAUGAUGGUGGAAUAAGGGUGAUGUGGGUGAUGUGAGUUAAGUUUUCAAGAUAGCUUCUCGACUGGUGUCUGCUGAGGGACUGCUUGUUGCUACAGAUGUCUCACACAUAUCUUUGAAAAACGUCCAUGUCCGGUGACGGGGCCGGCUCCGCCCCGGCCGCCCGCCGCUGGGCCCCGCGGACCUGCUGGGUGGCCCCGCCGCCGACGCCGUGCUGUCUGGCGCGCCGGGAGCUCGGCCUGGGCCGCGAGCCGUACCGCUCGGCCUGUCUGGCGGUGCGCUCCGCGUGCGCAGCCACCGGCCGUCGCCAGCUGCGCCGUCACCUGGCCCGCACGGACGCCGCCGACUCCGAGUACAACGUUGACCGGGUGUACCUGCACCGGCCUGCCGAGAAACGCGUGCUAGUGGCGCCGGCGUUCGGGCCCCUGGACCAGCCCGGCUCGUUCCAGCCGUUCUUCACGGAACUGUCGCGAAAGGACGACCGGUGCACGGCGCUGGUGGAGCGGCCUCACCCGUACCACGCCUGCCGUCCGCAGGCGUUCUCGGUGCUGGUGCGGCCCGACGGCACCGACCUCGAGGUGGUGGAUGUGGUGUCACGGCGCGUGGAGCGACGUGUCACCCUCACCUCCGCGACCCAGAUGGGGGCCGGCUCUGGUCGACCGGCCGGCCAUCCGGCCUUCAAGUACAUCCACCACGACUUGGAGAGGAAUGAACUGGUGAUCACGUCCGUGCAGACGGUCGAAGCGCUGGUGUCCGUCAUCAUCUUCAGCAUCCAGCCGGUCCAGUUCCUGGUCCGAUUUCAGGUAUUACGGAAAGAGUUUCCGCACGCCGACUCCGCCACUGUCGGCGAGGGCGUGGUUAUGCUCACCUCACGAUCGCGAGGAGUCGUCUACCUGUACAGCAUCGAUAAGAUUUUGGAGGAGCGCAGUCCGGCGGCCGGUUUGGGGGAUCACGUGAUCGCGGACGGCCGGCCGCUGGUUGUCGGCGGCACGGGGGACGGUGUACCGACCAACGGUCAGCUGACGGGCGACGCUGCGCCCGUGGCCGUGUUCGCCGCACAUCAGGGCUAUCUGGAGCUGGGCGGCUCCCCCCACCACCUCGUCAGCCGCCGAAAGGCAGCUGACGGCUUCGAGGUGACGCGCCUCUCGGACGGCGCUCGGGUGCUGACCUGUGGUCCACUCCGGCCCGGACUGUCAUCAGAGGCGGCCACGUUUGUCGACGACGGCCCGUACCUCGUACAGCACAGCACUGCUGAGCUUAGGGUGUUUGACCUGACCUGCGGCCACGAGGUGCUGCGGGUGGACGCCGGUCGGCUCUCCGUUCCUGAGCCGCCGGUGGAGCGUGGGCCCGUCACCACCCGGUCAGGCCGCCGGGUGCGGAUGCGGCGGUCGGCUCCCCUGGUUCUCCUCGCCUCCGACUGGUGGCUCGCCUGGGAUAUCGAGGACGAGCUCGAGCUGCUCGUCGUGGUCGUGGUAGAGGAGGUGAUCGGAGACGCGGCGGUGCUGCAGCGGCUGCUGCUCUAUGACCGGCGCACGUGGACGCUCUCCUCGGACACGCCACUGCACUACAGCAUGCCGCUCAACGGAGCAGGUCUGUCGCAAGUGGCCGUGGUGGUGGACCGCUGUCUGCUGUUCGUCAAGCUGCGAUCCUCGGCAGCGCGAUGUGUCACCCUCGUCUACAGCCUCGUGGCCCACGCCGAGCCCCGGGAACCGCGGCGGGAACUGGCGGGCGUCCGCUGCUAGGGACGAGCUCGGGCUCACACCAGGUCAGCGUCCGCUGAUGGGGGGGGGGGGGUGAUCGGGUCCUCUGCUGGUCAGUUUCCAAUGCUUGGGACGAGCCCGGGACCUCGGGAGAUCGGCCUCUGCCGCUAGAGACAAACUCGGGCUCACACCAUGUCGGCCUCCCCUGGCUGGGAAGAGCUCGGGUCCACUAGCUGGUCGGUUCCCGCUGCUUGGGACGAGCUGGGGCCCACCUGCCAAAUGUGUGCUCAAGUGUCAAAUGUCCGCUGGUAGAACAGAGCCCGGACCCACGCCAGGUCCGCUACUUUAUAUGGGCGAGCUCGGGCCCACAUCAGGUCGGUGUUCCAUGUUAGGGACGAGCUGAGGCUCACACCAGGGGUCCCGCUGAUGGGACGGGACCAGACCAGAUAGUGGUCUAAAUCCGCUGCCAGGGACCACUUCAUAACCGGAUAGCCGGGCGUCGCUCUGAAUCAUGAUACCUCGGGAGUCCGGACAACUGUAGGGUUAGAUAUGUCGUGGAAAGUGGAAGACCUCAUUUAUGUGUUCAACUAGAGAAACCAGCAUUGCCAUUUUGAAAGGUGCAAGGGGCCGUUUUAUAAGAAAGCCAUGUAUACGAUAUCGCUCAUUUCCUAUUUUAUUGAUGUCUUAGUUAUACUCUUUCUUUACGCAUAAUGACAUGUCCUGUGGUAUGAUUUUUUAUGAAUCAAUCUGUUUCAUGACUAUUAAUAAGCAUUAUGUUCAGAGUACCUACGUAGGAACCGUAUGUUAAAACGUCUAAUGGACAUAUUGAUUGUGAUAUUUCGGCUGUUGCGCCGCGUACCCACACAUUUUUUAGAACACCGAUGGUGCUUAUAUUUGUUACGUUGUGCUUCAUUCUCGUGUCAAAGGCAAUAUGUAGGUAAAUACAAAUGCAAAUGCAA